AAGUGUUGGACAUUGCACCACAGUGACGGCUCGUUUGUCUGUACAUGUCUGUGAUCAAACUAGUCGUGCGUAUGUUUUAGUCCUGUCUGGAAACAUGUCAGACAUUUUGUUAAAAAUAAAAAACAGCGUGGCAGAGAAAAAGAAGACUUCUGUCGCUCAGUAUGACUUACAGAAGUGGGGUUUAAGAGGGAUACAGCUGAGACCCUACCAGCUGGAUGGUGUGCAGUGGUUAACUCAGUGCCUGAAGAACCAGCAGGGAUGCAUCUUGGGAGAUGAGAUGGGUUUAGGAAAAACCUGUCAGACGAUCUCUCUGCUGGUGUACAUGUCAGGAGCUCUCGGGAAGAAAGGCCCGUUUUUAGUCCUCAGCCCACUCUCUGUCAUGGAGAACUGGAGGAAGGAGUUGGAAUGCUUCGCCCCCUCUCUGACUGUGCUGUGUUACAAGGGAGACAAAGAGAGACGCACUGAGAUUCAGAGAGAAACAGACUCACAGGACUUCCACGUUCUUCUCACUACAUAUGAGCUCUGUCUCAAAGACGCCUCAUUCCUGAGACGGUGGAAGUGGAAGGUGCUUGUAGUAGACGAGGCUCACCGACUGAAGAAUCAGAACUCACUAUUGCAUAAGACCUUAACAGAGUUUUCAGUGGGGUUCAGAGUCCUGCUGACAGGGACGCCCAUCCAGAACAACCUGCAGGAGCUCUACUCCCUGCUGAGCUUCAUUCAGCCAAGCAUCUUCACCAUUGAUGACACGGACGACUUUGUCAACUCUUACUCAAAUGUGCAAAAUCAGCCUGCUCUCGCUGCUGAGCUGCAGAGUGUCCUGGAGCCUUUCCUGCUGCGCAGAGUCAAGUCAGAGGUGGCUGUAGAUCUGCCGAAGAAGACAGAGCUGGUGGUGUACCACGGCAUGUCGGCUCUGCAGAAAAAAUACUACAAAGCUGUUCUGAUGAAGGACCUGGAGGCAUUUGGAAAUGAACAAGGUCACAAGACCCGGCUGUUGAACAUCUUGAUGAACCUGAGAAAGUGUGUCAACCACCCAUACCUGUUUGAUGGAGUGGAACCAGAGCCUUUUGAGAUGGGGCAGCAUCUUAUUGAAGCCAGUGGGAAACUUUGCCUUCUGGACAGCAUGCUAACUUACCUGCACAAAGGGGGCCAUCGAAUCCUGCUGUUCUCUCAGAUGACAAGGAUGCUGGACAUUCUUCAGGAUUACAUGGAGUACAGAGGUUAUAGCUAUGAACGUCUGGAUGGGUCUGUCCGAGGGGAAGAACGAAACCUUGCAGUGAAGAACUUCAGCAGCAAGGAUGUAUUUGUCUUUCUACUCAGCACUAAAGCAGGGGGAGUGGGCAUGAACCUUACAGCUGCUGACACAGUUAUUUUCGUGGACAGUGACUUCAACCCUCAGAAUGACUUGCAGGCUGCUGCACGCUGCCAUCGGAUUGGUCAGAACAGGCCUGUGAAAGUGAUCCGUCUUCUGGCAAGAGACACUGUGGAGGAAAUAAUGUACUCUCGCGCUGUGUCCAAGUUGCACCUCACCAACACUGUUAUUGAAGAGGGUCGCUUCUCUUUACUGGAUCAAGCUCAGUCAGGUGCUGCGGGACUGCAGCUCAGUGAGAUCUUGAAGUUUGGAGUGGAUAAGCUUUUGUCAUCAGAAGAGAGCUCUGUACAGGAUGUGAAACUAGAGAAGAUCCUCGGUCUGUCAUGUGACGGUCAGUGGGUGAAUGAUGAAGACACUACUUCACUCAGAGAAGAAGAAGAAGAGGAGGAGGAGGAGGAGGAGGAGGAGAAUGGCUGUGAAUCUGAUAGGCAGAACCACAUGUACUACUUUGAGGGGAAAGACUACAGUAAGGACCCCAGCGCUGACGACCACAAGAGCUUCGAUCGUUUGCUGGAGGAGCAGCUGGCCGAGUUUCAGAGAGCUGCAGGAGAGGGACGAGCUCUGAGACACAAAGCUGGAGCUUCACUGUCAGUGGCCCUUGGGAUUCCAACAAGGAAGAGGAAACCUCUCACUGAGGCAGAGCUGGAGCUGAGGCGACAGAGGAGGGAAGAGGCUGCAGCCAAGAGAGCCAAACUACAGGAGGACCUGAAGAAGAAACAGCAAGAGCAGAAAUACAAGAAAAAAAUGGCAUGGUGGGAGUCCUGUGGCUAUAGAUCGCUGUGCCUGCAGUCUAUAGACAGUGAAGAAGAAGAGGAGGAGGAAGAGGAGGAGGAGGAGGAGGAGGAGGAGGAUGACACCAGCGUAUACUCCACAGACUUUGACAGCACGGCUAUUCACUACGUUCUGGGGGAUGUUACUCAUCCACACACUGCUAAGGGAGAUGCUAUCAUCGUCCACUGUGUUGAUGACUCAGGCCGGUGGGGCAGGGGAGGCCUGUUCACUGCUCUAGAGGUGAGAUCAGAUGAACCACGGAAGCAGUAUGAGUUGGCUGGCAAGAUGAAAGAUUUGGACCUUGGAAAUGUGCUGCUCUUCCCCAUCGAUGACAAACAGUCCAGACAGGACGGCCAGGAUCGAUUGGCCCUGAUAGUGGCACAGCAAAGAGACAGAGCCAACAACUUGUCUGGGAUCCUGCUAACAGCUCUGGACGAAGGUUUAAAGAAGAUUUAUGCUGCAGCCAAAAGACUGAAGGCAAGUGUUCAUCUUCCUCGAAUCGGUCACUCCACCAAAGGCUUCAACUGGUACGGCACAGAGCGACUCAUCAGGAAACACUUGGCUUCCCGAGGCAUCCCCACGUUCAUAUACUAUCACAGCAGAGUUCCAAAGAACACAGCGGCACCUCAGACAUCCACCUCUGCAACCUCAACAUCAACUUUGUCUCCAGAGCCGCGGUCGCGUAACUCUGACAGACUGAUUUGCGAGACAGAAGCAGAAACUCCAGGCCCCUCGGCUGUCCUCCAGAGUGACGGCCCCGCAGAUCUCCCCAGUUUCAUGUCAGGAGUCCGUGUGUUUUUCUACAACCUCCCUGCAUCAGAGAGGAAGAGACUGGCCCGCUACCUUAUCACUUAUGAUGGAGAUGAGGAAGGUAUGAUGAGUCCGGAGGUCACCCACAUAGUUGCGGAAGUGGAGAACAGCAUCCACUCACAGGAGCUCCAGGAUCUGGUGUGUCAGUACACUCAGGCGGUCCCUGUGCAGAAGGCCUGGCUGGAGUCCUGCUUCUCCAAACAACGAUUUCAAGGGCAGCUUAAACUAGACACACAUGGAUGUCAGGAGGAGGAGGCCCAAUGAUGCUGCCCACUUCAAUCUACACGGCUUCAGCACAGAAUAGUCACGUCAGCCAGCUGAGCAGAUACCUGAGCAGCCACCGCAACACGCCUGAAGAGGACGACGAGACAAUGAGCACGGAGGAGCGAGAAGCCAGGGUUGUCCACAAACCAGACUCCACCCCAAAACACGAGGGCCACCACCCUCCUCCAGA